AUGCUCUCGGUGCUCUACAGUGACUGUGGAACUAAUUUUAAAGUGCUGACAAAGAGAUCAGACAGCUCUUCACCGCCGCCACCAAAGGAAUCCAUGGAAAUCGCCAACCUCCUCGGUGGCCUUCGUACUCAGUGGAAGUUUUAUCCACCUUCCGCACCUCAUUUUGGAGGCAAAUGGGAAGCAGGUGUGAAAUCUGUCAAACAUCAUCUUCAACGUGUAAUUGGCGAUCGGCUUCUGACAUUUGAAGAAAUGUCCACGUUGCUUACACAAAUUGAAGCUAUCUCAACUCCCGACCCCUCUGCGCCCUGA